AGAACCCGGUGUAAACGUAACACCUGUUAUACAUGUUGCGCGUAUUAAAAACACAAUUACAUACAAAGUACACACUUUCAACGAAAAACUUGCAUUCCAAUUUAUUUCUCUUAUCUAAAAGCUGUUUUCUAGAUAUAAAACGCUUAAUCUUUCAAAACACCAUGGGUAGUGUAGACGUUCAGGAUGUCUGGAACAGAGUAAAUGCUGUAUGCUUUGAUGUUGACUCCACAGUAUGCAUCGAUGAAGGCCUUGAUGAAUUUGCUGCUUUCUGUGGUGUCGGUGAAAAAGUGGCAGAGUGGACCAAUAAAGCUAUGGGAGGAUCAGUAACAUUUAGGGAAGCUUUAUCAGAAAGGCUGAAGAUUAUCCAGCCAACUAGGAAUCAACUAAGUCAGUUCCUGGAGUCGCAUCCACCCAAGCUUACCCCAGGGGUAAAGGCCUUGGUAGAGCUUCUCCACAGUCGUAAAGUUGAUGUCUAUUUAGUAUCAGGUGGAUUCAAAAGUAUAAUUGAACCAAUAGCAAAGGAACUCAAUGUGCCCAUUGACAAUAUUUAUGCUAAUCGGUUCAAGUUUUAUUAUGAUGGUUCGUACGCAGGGUUUGAUGAAGAUGCCCCAACAUCAGAAUCUGGUGGUAAACCAAGUGUUGUCAAGCUGUUGAAAGAGAAAUGUAACUACACUGUCAUGGCGAUGAUAGGGGAUGGUGCUACAGAUAUGGAGGCCUCACCACCAGCGGAUCUGUUUAUUGGUUUUGGAGGCAACAAGAUUCGAGAAAGUGUCAAAAGUAAGGCGCCUUGGUUUGUGAUGGACUUUAAAACUCUCAUUGAUGCACUGAAAUGAUGAGGACUUUUCCGAAGUAACAGUUGGGACAUUUUCAGGAAUAUGGAUUCCCACAUUGUACUUGUUAGACAAUUAAUUAGAAGAUCAAUAUGUCUAUUUUGGGAAAUAAAAGUUAUUUGUUAGA